CAGUCGUAGCCGAUAGCGGUAACGAAGGGAAGAAAGAAAGAAAGAAAUAAAAAGGAAAAGAAGGAGAAGAAGAAGAAGAAGAAGAAGGAGAAGAAGAAAGAAGGAGAUUAAAAUUGGCUCGGUUGACGAGACUGGUACGGCGAGGAAAAAGCGAAGGAAAGAUAGGAUACGAGACGAGUUGCCGUCGGCUCGAGAUGCACGCUCGUUGCAGUUGCUCGCUUCGUAAUCGAGCGAAGAAUUAAUUAAACGUGACAAACGUGCGCGUAUUGCCGCCGCGAUACCGAGGCGUCGGAGGGAACGGAGAGAACGACAGUCGACAACAAGAGAGGAGAAAAGAAAGGGAAUCGCCGCGACGCAGCUGAAAAGGCGAAAAACGGAAGUGACGCGCGUUAACGAUAAAAUGGUAAUUGCGAUUAAUAAUCGAGCAAGCAUCGCUUACGUUUCUCCUUCGAUGAACGAUGAACGGGUCUGGUAGCGCGCGAUAAAUCCCUUCGAGAGAAUUCGUCCCUUUCCCUUUCGAACGGUCGAACGGAAAAUCGAGAAGAUGAACGACAUUAUGGGAGGAGAGGCGGCAUCGGGUUCGAUCUCCUCGAGCGCCACCCCUGUCGCCAAUUCCGCCAACGGUUCCACCGCUAUCAACGGGAACAACAACAUCGAUAACAACGGGAGUAACAAUGGGAGCGGGAACAACAAUGGAAAAGCGGGAAAUAUGAGCGGCACGGUGGCGGCGAACGGAGGCGAGAGAAUCAGCGCCGCGGUUACCAAAGUUCUUCAGGGAUACGAUUGGACCUUGGUACCUGUUGCCACCAAGGGUUCCGGUGACAAAAGAGCAGCCCACGUGAAGAGACCGAUGAACGCGUUUAUGGUGUGGGCUCAGGCCGCGAGGAGAAUACUCGCCGAUCAAUAUCCUCAACUUCACAACGCGGAGCUGUCCAAGACUUUGGGCAAACUUUGGCGGUGAGUUUCUUUUCAGUUCCUUCUUCUUCUUCUUCUUCUUCUUGUCGUCGACGAUUCUCGAUCAAAGAUCCAAGUUUCGUCGGUUCAAGAAACUCGUCGACGAACGAAUCGAAAAGGGGCAACGGUCCACGCGACCACUUGUUGCCGCUUUCUAUUUUUACCACGCGAUUUGGCGAGCGACCGUUUUUUUUUUUCCUUUCUUUUUUUCUUUUUUCUUUUUACGGGAGAGUAGCACGCAUGCCGAACACAUUCUUACCACGUGGCGCCGAGGCUGCACGUGGUACGACCGUUCUCCCGUUGACAACCGCGCAAACCUCCACUCUUCUUUCGGAAAACCGGACUUCCACCCGGAGAUCGG